UACUAAUACCAUUCACAUUUUGUGGUUACGAACGAGCUUAUGGCCAAUGCAAUAAAUCUCUCAAACAUCAUCACUCUCAAGCCAUUCAAAGAAGAUGACAUUGAUGAUGUAUUAUUAUGGUUAAGUGAUGAUAGAGUCGUUGAAAAUACUCGAUUAGAGAUAUGUAAUUCAAGAGAAGAAGCUUUGAAUUUCAUAGAAAACAAAUGGAUUUACCCAUCAUACCAAUCAAUAUGUCUUAAUGGCCACUCCAUUGGAAUUUUUUGGGUUCUUCCUUAUAAUGAUGAGAAGCAUAAAGCAUGUUUGGGUUAUGCUAUUGGGUUCAACUAUUGGGGUCAAGGUAUAGUCACAAAAGGGUUGAAGAUUCUUUUGUCAAAAGUGUUUCAGGAGUUUCAUGGGUUGGUAAGGUUGGAGGCUUAUACUGUUGUGGAGAAUAAGGCUUCUCAAAGGGUGUUGGAAAAAGUUGGGUUCCAUAGAGAAGGAUUGCUUAGAAAGUUUUUUUACCAUAAAGGUAAUGUUGAGGAUUUAUAUAUUUUUAGUUUUUUGUCUACUGAUGAAAUUUCUGAUGCUGUUGCUUGAUUAGUUAUUGUUGGUAAGAAUAGGCUAUUACUUGUUGUGUUAUUGUCACAACAGGAAAAUUGACUUUUCGUGACACUCAUAAUCCGUCACUAAAAGUCAAAUAUCUGUAGGUAGAAAUAUAAAAAACUUUUAGUGA